CUUCCUAGGGUCUUAUGGCAUCGCCGCCGGGUCCGUGUUCAGCCGGCGAAGCAGCCGCUCGGCCUUCUUCCUCCCUUUCUCUUGCAGCCGACCCGCCUGGUGCGGCCGAGUCCGCCCCGGAAUCCGGCCUAGAACUGCGUGAGGCGGCCGCCGUUGCCGUGACUUUGGCGCCCCCGGCCGUGGCUCCCGCUCCCGGAGGCGCCUUUUCGGUGUCUGUGGUUUUCCCCGGCUCGGUGACCCGCGAGGGCUGUUUGCGUUUUACCUGCGAGCUCCUGAAGCACGUCCUGUACCAGAGACAGCAGCUGCCCUUGCCUUACGAGCAGCUCGCCUGCUUCUACCGGAAGCAGCUCCCGAGACCUCCAGGCCAGAGUGAAGAUGUGGUCAGAAAAGUAUAUCCAAAAGAUCAAGUCAGCAACAACAAGAAAUGCCAACAAGUACUAAAUGAUCUUGAGGGAGUGUUCCAGCACUUAGAAAUCAUGUUUAGUUUGACAUUGGUCCCACGAGUCCUUAUUCUGCUUGGGGGUACUGCUGUCAGCCCCAAAGAAUUCUAUGAGAUCAACCUGCAAGGUGUAUCUCUCAGUGGUGCUAAGGAGAGCCUGCAGACAGCAGCCUGUGUUCGCAAGCUUUUCCAUUCGCUCUUCCUUGCAGAUGUGUUCAGCGAGCUUCAAGCUGUUCCCAGCAUGGGUGCUAUUGUUAUGGUUCAGGGGCACCGCAACUGUGGUAUUGACUGGUUCCGACCCAAACUUAACUAUAAAGUGCCAACUCGAGGGAGGAAGCUGACUGUCAACUUAUCAUGCGGUCGUGACAAUAAUGCAACCCUUUCCACCUACCAGGAGAUGAACUCAGCCUGGGAUGAUUAUAUAUGGUUUCAAGCUCCACUGACGGUCAAGGGUUUCCAUUACUUCUCUUGACAAAGUUUUGAAGGGGGUUAUUAGAUUCCUAUGUUGAUAUUGUUUUGUCAUCAUAUCUUUGAUUCGCUACAGCCAAAAGUUCCCCUCUUCUGAAUCUCUUCAGAGCCACUUAAAAGCUGAGUUGAGCUCUGCCGUAUUCUCUAGAGUUACUCCCUUCAAAUGAUAGAGCUCAGAAGCAGAUCCUCCUAUGAUAGCAAGUGCCUUUGCAGAACUGAUUCAAAGUUUUUAAAAAAGUGGGGGGGGGAAGCGCCUUAGGUUAGUAUUCCUAUCUUCUCUGCUGCAGACUUUGCUAUCAAAUGAUACUUGAAAUAGCUAUGCCAGUGUAGGAGUUUUGUAUGUAAUAUUACAUAUCCAGUGGGCUAUUUUCACUGGAAGAUAACUGCAAUGUUGAAGAAUUGGGGUUCAGUAAUUGUUCAAGAGUAUGGUGAAAGCCAUGUAUAACUUGAUGAGUUUUCUGAAUAGCGAUUUAUAACUUGUAAAGGAUGUGGCCAUAAUUCAGAUGUGCACAAUUUACCUCAACUCUGGUGGGAUAAUUGUAUUUAAAGUUCAUAUCCACCACAGCACAGCUACUACAGUAGUGGUUUCUAGAUGCUACCUGUAGACAAUGAUUCCUCUGAGUAGUAUUGUAACUUAGAAAUCAGACUUUGCUUUCCAUUAAUUAGGUCGGCAAUUUAUAGACAACUAUGUGUGAAAUUAUUGAAAUACUCAAUUUGUUUUUCUAAUAAUGGACCUCCUUGACUGUUCUGACCAACCCUCCUUCUUACCUGUUAGCUUCUAAUAGAAAAAACCAGAUGUUAAUGUUCUAGAGGUGCUCCUUGUGGAACUAGAUCUUGUGCAUAGUCCUUGCUAUAAUUUCCACUUAAGAUUGUAAAAUUGUAGAAGUUGUUUACCUCAUCUUCCAUUGCUAUGACCAAAGGUAAGCUAUAGGUAACAGACCAUAGCAUAGGCAGAUCCGAAAAGAACCUAUUGGCUAUGGGACAUAGUGGCACUGAUGCACUUACUCCCAAUUUGUGAAGAUAAACUGUAGCAUCUAGAUUUUAACCAAUAUACUAUUAAGGACCUAUAUGGCAUUACAGUUCAGUGAAGAAAGUCAGUGAGUUGUGGGAGAUGAGGCUUUCCUGAAGAUAGCCAGAGUAUUUCCUCAUCAGGACUUGUUUUAAAGUAGGGGGAGAAUAGAAUAGAUAUAAAGGAAACUAGAUAUAAAGUUAGUUGGAUAUGGUAAGUGAUUCGCCGUUCCCUAAGGCAAGAUUUGGAGUCAGACUUGGGAAUUUUUAGGCUUUAGGAGAGACCUAUGGGAGAUUUAGUAAUAUCUACUAUAUAAUGGUUAACAAUAACUUAAUGGGCAUAUAGCAUUUUAGUACUUCAGCUUGGAUCCACUGAUGCUGUUCCACCAGUGGAAUGGAUUUCCCCUUCCCCUGCAUCCUCCCGUACACCAAACCUCUACUCCAGACAGUUGGGAGCCCCCCCCCCCCCCCCCGGAGCAGAUUUGAAGGGUGCAGUAGGGGCUGCAGUGGGGAGGAGAGGAUGGGGAACUCAUUGCAUGAGUGAACUGCUGCUUGCACAACAUUGGAUCCAAGUCUUGAACCACUACUGUUCGCAGUUCGAUUUGCAGUUUUAUCACAGAACAAGCAUUCCCUUGGAGAGAGUCUCUAAUAUUGUACAGCAUUAAGGAUUUUCUGGUUCUUGUAGCUGUGAGAGGCUAGCAAACAUGCCUGUUCAAAGCUAAUGAAAGCUCUGAAGAUACUGCAUCAGUUACUUGAACACAGUUUAUAGACUAAAGGUAUCAAUGUAUUCAAAUAGCUCAUAUACAAACUUGGCUAUGGAGAAAGCUGAUAAUUUAUAGAAGAGUGCCUCCAACCCUUGACAAUGCUCCCAUUUCAGGUAACUUAAACUUCCUGUGUACAAAACUAUUUCUCACUAUCGUUUUACAAUCAAGAGUAUUAUGUAAAACAUUGCUAUUUAACAUGUGUUUUUGUGAUGUGCCGUUUCAAUGAAAGGAAUCUGCCUUGUAAGAAAUCUGCAAAAUGAAGUAAAU